AUGCCCUCCAUGUUUGAGUGUAUUACUAAGAAGAUAGCCAAAGAGCUUGGAGACAAGGACAUGAGUCCUGUCAAAUCCCUGCUGAGUGCCACCAAAUUCCGUGAGUUUAAUAUAUUACGCAGGAAGAAAUCGCUCUCAUUGUUUUGGGAACAACCUGACAUUCCAGCUGAAUUCUCCCUCAUGGACAUCCUGGAGUCAAGUUCUUCAGUCCCAGACACUGUUGUGACAGGACCAUUUUCCUUUGGUGUCACUAUGGUCCAGAAGCAGAAGGCUGGUGUGGAUGUGAAAGCUGGUGUGGAACUGAGUGCAUCUAGGGUGGCUAGUCAGUUCUGUGAAUCUUUUCUUGAGAUUCAGACUGUUAGAAUCCCACCCCAAACCCUAGAAGACCUUCAACAGAGGAAACUGUUGGAUCCAGAGCCGUCAUUUCUGCAGGACUGCUGGAACAGAGAGGACAACCUAUAUAUGGUGACAGAGGUCGUUGAAUUGAUCAAUAGUACUGUGCUGCGUGAUAGCAGUAGUAAGAAUGUUUUAGGAAAAUUUUCCCUGUGGAUUACUCCUGGCAAGGGUCAAGGUCAAAGCGAGGUUCUCAAGGAGGAGGAGAAGAUGCUGGUUGUCCCACAGGGCACGGUGAUGGCCUAUAAGAAGAAGCAGCUCAUUAUCGGGCACAACGGCGGGAGUAAGCAGAGGUUUAAAGAGGCAGACGUUCUUCGCAUCUUGGAUGUCGAUAAGCAGAAAACCUUCCCAAAAGGUGAGUUCCAGAGACGGGCAGGUCCUCAGCCUCAACCUGGGGCCCCGCUGAGCCCUGAUCCCCCUUUGGAUGCUCACAAGAGCCCCUCGGGGGCUGAGCCCUACAGAGCCACAGAACCGUCCCCAGCCAGGCUCCUCCACCACAUGCUGCUGUCCCAUCUUGACCAGCCACAGUCCACGGGGCCACAGGGCAACCCGCCUUCCUCCUCUGAACACUGGGAUGGGUAUGAGUUUGUUGGGAGGGAUCUGCCUGGGGCUCUGUAUCUCUGGAGAAAUUUCUCAACUGAAGUAGUUGGAAGAGAUUUCAAGCGUCUGCAACAGGAGGUUUCCCAGAAAAUGGAGGCACUGGCCCAGCUCUCAAAGGACUUUCAGAAUGUCAUGUUCCAUAGGAUCCUGGCCACGCUUGGGGAUAGAGGGGCUCUGCAGGACCUGAUGAACAUGCUGGAAUUGAACCCCUGGGGUCAAUUGGAUGGCCCUGGUGGUGUCAUCCUAAAUGAACUGUUUCUAUGUUCUGAUGCAAAGUACGUCAUUCUUUACCUCCUGGAAGCCCUGAUGGUGCUGAGUGACACCCAACAAAAACUGCUGGCCCUUUCCAUUGAGAAGAAGAUCCAGCUCCAUCAGCAGGAGCUGGUAAGGAGCAUUCUAGAAACCAACUUCAAAUACCCCUGGAGCAUUCCCUUCACCCUCAACCCCAAGCUCCUCAGCCCACUGCAGGGCGAGGGUUUGGCCAUCACCUAUGGCCUGCUGGGGAAGUGUGGCCUGAAGAUGGAGGUGAACAGCCCCAAGUCAACCUGGGAUCUAGAAGCCAAGAUGCCCCUGUGUGCCCUCUAUGGGACCCUGUCAUUGCUGCAGCAGCUGGCUGAGGCCUCCCUGAUGAGCAGUCUCUCAGGUGAUGCUGCAGCCAAGGUGGCCUGGGCCGGGGCCUGGGGUCUCUCCCGGGCUGGCGUGAGUGCUCGGGCUCCUCCUGUGGCCGGUCAGCCCGGACAGCAGAGGAGACAGCCACUAAGAGGAGGUCGCAGGGCUGGGACCAUCCUGAAGCACAUCUCCAGGGAAGAAAAGAAUGAUUGA